GUGUUGUCUGGAGCGCACAGGGAAGUAUAUAAGGAUCCAGCUGACCAGAGGUCCCUUUAAGGGAUGGAUGGGUGCAGAUGCCUGUGUACAGGAACUCCCUUCUCUGGAAUCUUUAGAUGGCUGGCUAUCAGUGUUCAUCAAUGCCACCUAUCAGUGCCCGUCAGUGCUGCCUAUCAGUUUUGCCUAACAGUGCCAGUCAGUGCCACAUAACAGUGCGAGUCAGUGCCGCCUAUCAGUGCCAGUCAGUGCCGCCUAUCAGUGCCACCUAUCAGUGCCAGUCAGUGCCGCCUAUCAGUGCCACCUAUCAG